GGGAGCCGUAAACAAGGUGUGCAAGCAUCCAGAGAACUGUCGGGAUGCAGCAGAGUGGAGCGGCUGGAGGCCGUGGCUGCGCUCUGCUCCCACUGCUGGGCGUCCUGUUCUUCCAGGGUAUUCACGUCAUCCUUUCCUUGGAGAUUAAAGUGGAUGGCCAUGUCCGGGGUUACGUGGGAGAGAAGAUCAAGUUGAAAUGCACCUUUAAGUCGACUUCAUCUGUCACUGACAAACUUACCAUCGACUGGACAUACCGAACCCCUGGCAGCAGUCGUACAGAAUCAAUUUUCCAUUAUCAGUCCUUCCAGUACCCAACCACAGCAGGCACAUUUCGGGAUCGAAUUUCCUGGGUUGGAGAUGUAUACAAAGGGGAUGCAUCUAUAAGCAUAAGCAACCCUACCGUAAAGGACAAUGGGACAUUCAGCUGUGCUGUGAAGAAUCCCCCAGAUGUGCACCAUAAUAUUCCCGUGACAGAGCUAACAGUGACAGAAAGGGGUUUUGGCACCAUGCUCUCCUCUGUGGCCCUCCUCUCCAUCCUUGUCUUCCUCCCCUCAGCUGUGGUGGUUGUUCUGCUGCUGGUGAGGAUGGCAAGGAAGUCGGCAGGGCUGAAGAAGAGGAGCAAGUCUGGCUAUAAGAAGUCAUCCAUUGAAGUUUCAGAUGAUACUGACCAAGAGGAGGGGGAUGAUUGCAUGGCGAGGCUCUGCGUCCGUUGUGCUGAGUGCCUGGAUUCAGACUAUGAAGAGACAUAUUGAUGAAGUCUUCACAAUAUAAGAAGAGUCACCUGCUAGCAGACAAUGUCCCAUCCCACUGGCAGCUAAAGCGCCUGCGAGAAGUAGGAGCUGGCUUGGAUGGCAGUGCUGGAGGAUUCUGGAAGUCAUCAGUAGAGACUUCAGGAACCAUUUAUUUAUUGAAGAAAUGUUCUUUUUAUAUUUAUAAACUAUUCAAGAACCCUCAGAAGAAACUCAAAACUAUCCCUUUUAAUAACUUAUGUUCUAGUUGAAUGAAGGAGUUCUUUUCCUGAAUAGAAAGAUACUUUUUGACUCCCCUUUGCUCUUGAAUGUAUUACAUGUUUUCUUCCAGUUAUUUGGGGGAGAAUCUGAAAUGUUGGCCACACUGCUGAUGCCAGAAUAUUUUGAAAAUAUGAAAUGGAGCUCGUAUGUUCCUGACGUGCUACCAGAUGAAAUGUUUGUUUGGGAUAAAUAUCUUUUGAUAUUUGCUCUGUGAAGGUUUUCAGCUGUGAAUCAGCAAAGAGCAAAUUCUCACUGGUUUUGUGACACAAUGUAACUUGGAACUCUAAUUUCUGUAGAGUUAGUAGGGCCAGGAGUCCAUGGUUUGCCUUGACUGGGUUUUUAAAGUAUUAAAGUGUCAUCAAUUUAUAAUUAAGGAAAGGAAUGGUGACCUGGAGGGAUUCCUUUCUUUUGUCUUGUGAGGAUCUAGGUUUGUUACUUUACUUUCUUAUAGCUGACUGAUUAGUGGUUUCCUUCUUGAUGUCCCAGAUCAGAGGCAAGAAAAACUCUUUGAAAGACUUAUUGGCGAAGGUAGAGAGUAUUUUCAGUUCUUUGCAAGGAAAUACUUUUUUUUUUUUUUAACAAAUGCCACUUGAGUUCAAAUGUUGGAUUGACUUUAAUGAAGCUUCUAUUUAUAGGAAAUAAUCUUUUUGACCUGUCUCAUUCUUCAGAACUUCUUUGUGUUCUAAAAGGUGCCAAAUAUGAGUGAACUAAGUAUUUACAAAUGUUUUUUGCAUAAUAUUUGACUUAAGGAAGUGAGGUGGUACAUAACCUCUACUUCUCAUUUCUCUCCUCUGAUACCUUAUAUUAACUUCCUCCAUUUUCCCACAACAACCUAUUCCAAAUUUUAAUUUACAUGGGAUUUUCUAUAAGCCAUUAAGAAAUAUGUGUGACAUGCCCAGAAGGAUUGACAGUGUAGUCCUCCGUAAAAGAGUGAUAGAGUUUACUUCUCAAUUACGAGAGACAAAAAUUACUCUCUCCUCCCAUCUUUGUUUUUUCAACAGGAUAGUCUGAGAUUCUCCAUUAGGUGGCUCAGAAGGUUUCCAUACCAAAGCAUAAUACACUGUAUACGUUAUAAAAAAAAAAUCACUUUGCCGAGAUUUAUUUUUUAAAAUUUGGGUUAUGAGUUCUAGAAGUCAUCAGUAAAGACUUUAAGAGAUACAGUAUAGAUUUGGCCUGGCUUCUUUUGUUAAUCUAGUCCGUACAUUAGAGAAAAAUCUGUUUCAUUAAGAGACAUUAUACCUUUUCUUUGGUCACGUAAGGAAGUAGAAGAGGAAAAGACACAUUGACUGUUUAUUUCCAGUGGUUAACCCUCAGAGUCUUGAGCUUGUGUGAGGCCAGUCUAGUGAGACCGUCUGACACCUCAGCAGAGAGGGGAAAACAUGUUUGAGCAACGUGAGUCAAUACUUUGGGCUCUAGAAGAUUUAAAGAUAGAAAUUUAGUUGUGAGACAGACUUCUCAUGGGUCCUCAUUUCUCUGAGAAAGAGAUGAUGCUACAGGAACCCAGCUAAAACCACAUUUCAUGAAUUGAGGAACUGUUUUUUAUCUUGGUUUUCUUGUAAUUUCCUUUCAGGCAUGUUAUGGGGAUCAAUCCAGUGUAGUAUGUUUGUCACUGUAGGUAGAUGGUGCUGUGUGGAUACUCGGUCAUGUUAUUUGUAUGUUUGAUCAUGAUUCAAACAAGUGCCCUUCUUAAGUGACUGAAUAGUAGCGUCCUUCAUGAUAAGAGUAAGCUGAUCAUUUAGUCUGCUCCAUUGGUUUAUGGUCACAUCAGUCAUAAGGCUGCUGUCAGUGACCUUGGCCAGCUCUCAUACUGAGUCUGGAUUACAGCUUGCUUGCUUGCUUUCUCUCUCUCUCUCUUCCUCUUUCUUUCUUUUUUCUUUCUUUCUCUCUUUCCUUCUUUCUCUCUUCCUCUUUCUCUCUUCCUCUCUCUUCUUUCUUUCUUUUCUUUUUCUUUUUCUUUUUUUCUUCUCUUUCUCUUUCUCCCCUCCCAUCUCCCCAAAGGAGCAAAAAUCAGUGUUUGGAUACCUGCCUUCUUUAAGGAUGGAAGGAAGAGAUUUUUUUUAAACUUACUCUUUUAAUAUUUUCUCAAGUGCUAUUCUCUCUCUUUUUCUUUUUGCUGCUUUCUAUGCAGAACACACUGUAUGAAGACCAGUCUGGUCUAGAAAGGAAAUUUAAUUCUGAAAACUUCAGAAGGGGCAAAAAGCCUUUCAGAAUUUUUCUUUGGCUGCUGAAGACUUUCCUCAUAGUUACAUUACCUUAUAAAUUUUGCGCAUUGAGCUCUUAAUUCUGUCACCAAAUGUGAAUUUGUAAAAUGCUUUGUGUUUCCCAUGUGGCCAGUUACCCCAGGCUUCUUGGAGAAUAUCUUAGUUUUCUGCAGCUCCCAAACCGUGCACUGGUGCUUCAAGAGGGAAUGUUGUAUGCUGCUGUGUAAAACAAAUGUUGGACGCCAAAUCCUUGAAUCUGAAUGUUCCGUCAUGUCACUCCUUUAUAGUUCUAAAAGAGAGUCAUAAGAAGACCCAUAGGGAGUGGACCAAGGCUGUCAUUUAACUGCUCAGCUGGAAACUUUGCUGCUGGAAGAGGCAGUUCCAUUCCUUUGGCUCCUGUGUUGGACUGUUGGACUGUUUACAGCUGCAUUUCACUGCAUUUUUUUUUGUUUUCGUUUUUUUGUAGGAGCAUGUGCACUGUUGGGCCAUGUGCACAGAUGUCAUAACUCUUGAGAUCUUUACUACAUCACAAUUAAUAAACUGCUUUGCACUUUCUGGCUA